CAGAGCUACUCUUCCCGCCCCCGGCUCUCAGUACGCAUGCGCGGCGUCUCCUAGCGACGGAGCCGGGGACGCGGGCCUGGCCUGACGGGUGUUUCCCGUGAACAUCCAUGGAAGAGUAAAAAGAUUUGAAAGCUACAUUCUAGAGAAAUUGGCGUAGCUUCUGUUACGCAGAGAAAUGCUGAAAUUUCAAGAAACCGCUAAGCAUGUUGCUGUUGCCAGAUUUAAUUCUGCUUGCUCAGAUGCUAUGAUUGCAAGAAGAUACGCUAUUCAGAGGAAACUUGGCAAUGGAAGCUUUGGAAGUGUAUAUCUGGUUUCUGACAGAAAAGCAAAAGAAGGAGAAGAAUUAAAGGUUCUGAAAAAAAUCUCUGUUGGAGACCUAAAGCCUAAUGAAACAGUUGAAGCAAAUCUGGAAGCGCAGCUACUCUCCAAAUUAGACCAUCCAGCCAUUGUCAAAUUUUAUGCAAGCUUUGUGGAGCGAGAUAGUUUCUGCAUUAUCACUGAGUACUGUGAGGGUGGAGAUCUAGACUUUAAAAUUCAAGAGUACAAAGAAUCUGGGAAGAUAUUCACUCAAAGACAAAUAAUUGACUGGUUUAUGCAGUUGUUACUUGGAGUCAACUAUAUGCAUGAAAGGCGAAUACUUCACAGAGAUUUGAAAGCCAAGAAUAUAUUUUUGAAAAAUAAUCUUCUUAAAAUUGGAGAUUUUGGAGUUUCUCGUCUUUUGAUGGGUUCAUGUGAUCUGGCAACUACAUUUACUGGGACACCAUACUACAUGAGUCCAGAGGCACUGAAGCACCAGGGAUAUAACACAAAAUCUGACAUUUGGUCUCUGGGAUGCAUUUUAUAUGAGAUGUGCUGUAUGAACCAUGCAUUUACUGGACACAAUUUUUUGUCUGUUGUGUUAAAAAUUGUAGAAGGUGACACCCCUUCUCUUCCUGACAGAUACCCCAGCAAACUGAAUGCUGUGCUGUGCAGCAUGUUAAAUAAGAAUCCUUCAUUAAGACCAGCAGCAGCAGAGAUUCUAAAAAUCCCUUAUAUUGAUGAACAACUAAAGAAUAUACGUUACAAGUUCAGAAACAUGACUGUGAAAGUUAAGGCACUUAACUGGCAUAAAGAAGCUGCUCCCAUUUUUGAUGCUCUGCAGAGGAAAGUUCAUUUACAAACUCUGCAGGAACUGUCUGAAGUACAGAAAAUGACACCGCGGGAACGUAUGAGGCUUAGGAAGUUAAACGCUGCAGAUGAGAAAGCUAAGAAGUUGAAACAGCUGGCAGAAGAAAAAUAUCAAGAAAAUAUCAAAAGAAUGCAGGAAUUCAGGUCCCGUAAUUUUCAGCAGCUUAAUGUCAAUGUCCUACAUGAAUCUGAUGAGCAGACUUCGAAACCCCUGUUUCAUUCUCAGCCAGUUGUUACAUGCGACUAUGUGUCCAUAGGACAUGAUGAGACAUCAAGUCAUCUCUGCAAGUCUGAGCUUACAGACCAUGAGAUCCCCGAAGACCCAGAAAUUGCAGAAGAAUAUUAUAAUGAUGAGUUUGAAUCCUGUUCAGAAGGCAGUGAAGAGGAAGAGGAUGUGGAAUCAUCACAGACAGUCUCUAAGUCAAAUCACCAGGACAGUGAUAUCGAGGCAAUGGUCGAGUAUUUGGAGAGUGUCCUGAAUAAUAGCUCAUUGGGCUCAGGGACUGUCACCGGAGUGUCUCCAGGGGUGCCCCAGGGAUUCAGAGCUCUCAACAGCACCAUGGCUGAGACAAAACUGAAACGCAUGAGGGAAUCUGCCAUUGGGAAGCUGGGAGCAGAGGUAUUUGAGGCUGUGUACGGCUGUCUUAAGCAAGCGAGACAGCAGAAUGUCAGUGAGGAGGAGGUCAGGAGUCGUCUGGAGAAACUGGUUUCUAGAGCAAGCGAUUGCUUUGAAGUGGAUCAGCUUCUCUACUUCGAGGAGCAGCUACAGGCUUCAGAAUCAUGUCUUCAGCUGCAAAAGGCAUGCCAGUAACAGCACUGGAAAAGGCAGGGAAGAGUGAAGAUGCUGAGCUGCCUUCUUCAGGACAUCAAGCAAGUAGGGGAGGUAUUCGAAGGAAACUGCUGAAGGUAACGUAGUACAUUAGCAUGUGGGUAAACUCCAUUUGAGAAUCCAGACUGCAGUGAGAAGUGAGUAGAUAUGGUGCAGAUUACAGUUGUGACAGUCGAGGGGAGGAUUCACCGUUACCAGAGUCCCCUUUUUUCAGCACUUAAAGCAUAAAGAAGAGUGUUCUGGACCACGGCCAGGCAUCAGUCCUGCGCUCAGAGCAUCACUGGCAAAGCUGCUGCUGAUGGAAAUGGUGCAGGAUUAGACUCCAACUGCUGAUGAUUCCUGCACUAACUAGUCCUCAUGACAUCUAAGCCCGUAUUUUUGCACUUUGAUAGAUUUACCUUUGAACAUACAUGUAUAUGUACAGCUACUGAGCUGCUAAUUGUCUUGUUACUAUUCAUUGUUCAAAAGGGCUGCAUUUAAUCCGUGUGACUUUCAAAGGAACUGUGAAAAUACAUGCAUAUGUGUAUUUUUAUAUACAUAUAUGCAUGCUCACGUACACAGAGAUAGGUAUGUGUAUCCAGAGAGGCCGGAAGAUGUCUGGCCAUACACUGUUCAUGUGUGUAUGUACACAGAGAGAGACGUGAGGCCUGAACUAUAGCUGACUAUGUUAGAUAGGAAUCCUUACUAUGACUUC